GUAAACUAGGGGCAUUGAACAAAGGUUGACUGCGUUGAUCGAGGAGUCGGCGGCGCAUUCACGACUCAAACAUGGCAGCGGCUACUAGCGUUGUCGUGCUCGACAGGGGCAACAAUACCACCUGCACGAUUAAUUUACACGGAGCUACCGUGGUAUCCUGGAGAGUAAAUAAUCAAGAACAACUGUUUGUAAGUAAGCAAGCUGUAUUUGAUGGAAAGAAAGCUAUUAGAGGAGGCAUUCCUUUCGUUUUUCCACAAUUUGGAGCAUGGACAUUUGGACCGCCUCAUGGUUUCGCGAGAAUCGUUCGUUGGAAUGUGGAAAAAUCUCCUGAACGUUUACCAAGUGGUGAUGUCGAAGCAAUUUUCUCUAUUAUGGACAGUGAAUUCACUCGUUCUAUGUGGAAUUAUCCAUUUAAAUUAACGUAUAGAUUAAUUCUUCGGGAGAAGGAAUUACAUUUCAAUAUUGGCGUAUACAAUCCUAGUAAAGAUCAUACUUUUAGUUUUAAUUUGUUGUUACAUACAUAUUUCAAAGUGCCAGAUGUUAGAAGAUGCCAGAUUACUGGUCUUCAUGGAUGCACAUUUAUCGACAAGACAAGAGAUAACCAAAUUUUUCAAGAAGGUCGCGAUGUAGUAACUGUAUGUGAAUGGACAGAUAGAAUUUAUCAGAAUACACAACCAGAACACAUUAUUACCAAUGUUGUAUCUGGUAGAAAAAUGCGAGUACAAAAAUAUAAUUUUCCCGAUACAGUGGUUUGGAAUCCGUGGCAGGAAAAAGCUCGUGAUAUACCAGAUUUUGGAGAUGACGAAUUUCCAAAUAUGAUAUGCGUAGAAAGUGGACACGUUAGCAGUCCAGUGAUCCUACUCCCUGGAACAGCUUUCGAAGCCAGUCAAAUCUUACAGGUAAUGUGAGUAGAGGGUGGACCAACGUCGCAUGUAACAGCCGGAAAUAAUACGAAUUCGUUACUUCCGGUUUCCUCUACAUCAGGUACCGUUUGGCCAACUAGUAGUGGAUGGUUAUAUAUGCCACCACCACCUCCUCCACCACCGCCACCACCACCUCCACCAUCAUCAACUCCUUCGACACAUUCAUCGCGUUUACAUGGUCAUUGUAUCGCUCAAACUUGCACUAUAUGCUCUCUUAAUCUUUAAAAUAAUAUUCUGAAAAGUCAAGUUUAAGAAAGACGCUUAUCUUAUCUUUAAUUGCUUUCAUUCACUAGCUCUACAAUAUUUUUAUAUAGACAUUUUUAACAUUAAAAAUCAUAAUCGUAAAAAUUAUCAUUUCAUAAUAUAUUAAUAUUCACUUUUUAUUAUAAUAAUAAUUCAAUAAUAUUGAUGAAAUUUGAUAAAAUUGAAUUUAAACAAAAUGAAUUAUUAUAUAUUAAGUUGUCUCAAAAGUUUUUUUUUUUUUUUUACCAUAUAGAUUUUUUCAAUUAGAUUUUUUAGGAUUUUAUCUUUCUACAAUACUGAAAUGAAAUAUAUUUAUAAUAAUUCAAUAUUUUAUCAUUUAUAAAAUUUUAUAUACAAGUAAUAUAAAUUUAUAUAUAAAAUAACUAUUCUAGUAGUAGGUAUCCAUGUAUUAUCUCUAUGUAACUUGUAUUAUUCCAUUUUUUUCAAAAUAAUUUUGACUCAUUUGCGAAAUGUUCAAGGUAGCUCUUAAUAUCAUCAUCUAAUCAAUUUUUUUUUAAACAGAAUCAUUUGAUUAUUUCAUUUAAUGUAAUUAUAAAAAGUAGUCUAUAAUAUAAUUAAUUUAUUAUUUGAUAAUUUUCUAAUAUUAUUAUAUAAUAAAUUUUAUAAAAGAAAAUAGAGAGAAUACUUAAUAAAUGUUAGAAAAUCAAAAGAAAACUGAAUGUUUUAUUAUAAUAAAAACUGUGUAUUUUUCAAAUCUUAAUCAAAAUGAAAACUGUGCAUGCAAAUAAUAAAAAGAACUUUUGGAUAACUUAAUAUAAUAAUAUAUUAAGAUACAUAUAAGAGCAAAUAAUUUAAAACUGAAAAUUUAUUGAUAAAGUUAUUUUUUUUAUAUAUGAUGCACAAAAUUAAAAGUUUCAAAUAAUUAUAAAUUAUUUUUACUUUUCCACAUUUGCUUUGGUAAGAAAAGAAAAGUUACUUUUUACAUUAUUAUUACAAUUAAGAAGAAUAUCAUGCUGAAGAAUUACAUUUACCAAUUUUUAAUACUGAUAUAGUGGGUAAAUGUUCCUACAUUGCUAUAUGUUAUACAUUGUAGUUUUGCAAAUGAAAAAAAAAUCAAAUAUCAUUUUUUGAUCUUAUUUAAUUUAUUCGACAAAAAGCUCAAUGUUUAAACAAACGAAAAGAAGAAAUAUUAUCAACUGUGAUUUUAAAAAAGCAUAUAUCUUAUAUAUCAGUUUUUUUUAAACUAUAUCAUUUAUAAAAUAUGUACAUAAAUUUUUGAGCUUCCUUUCAUAAUAUAUCUUUUUUCAAAUAAUAAAAAUAUUUUUUUUUUGUUUAAAAUAUGACAUUAUGUAAUUUCAUGUUUCUUAUAUAUAUUAAUAUAAUAAAGUUGUAGUACAGAUA